AUGCUAUCAUCUCGAUUAAAUAAUCAAUUAAAACCAUCACUGGUUUUAAUUAUCGACGAAACUCCAUCGAAUUCAUCACUAGGAUUCCAAUUUGCUUGUGCAUAUGCAUGUGAAACUCUCAACAAAUUUUCGAACGUGAAUGUAUUCUUAACAGAACAUGAUGAGUCGACUUGGUUCCAAUCUCAUGUGUUCGCACAUCGUCCGGAAUUGAAAUCAAAAAUGCAUGUCAUUGAUAUAUUUGAUGAGAUUCAUUCGAAAAAAUCCAUCGACGAAUGUCUGAAAAUAACCGAAGAAAAAGAUCUGAUUGUUAUCGAAUGUCUUCCUUGGUUACUGCUACGAACAUCUGAGGGAAGUCUAUUCCGUAUAUUGAACAACUGGAGUAAAACAAGUAUGGUGAUGGCAGUGGUGCCAGCUAAUUGUCUUGAUGAAAAUUCCAGUCUGAAAAAUUUGAUAGCAAUAUCACAUGUAACUGUUCGAGUGAAGACGGCAACGAAGUUAGAAGUAAUCGAAGCAAAAAUUGAACAACGAUCGCGAACAAGUGUCAAUACAAUUAAGACUUCAUUGACAUUCUCGAUCGAUUCACAGUUGAACGUUAUCAAUUUACGUGAAGAAAAACUGAGCAAUCGAAAAAGUAAAUCCACGACUAAUGCAGACGGAUCAUCGAAAACUGAUGUCACUGCUAAUUUAACCUUCAAUCUCCGUCUGAAAGAUGAUGAGCUAGCUGCAAAGAAUAAUCUCGUUCUUCCGUACACUAAGCAGCAUAUGCAAACAUCAAACGAUGGCUGUACGAUUCAUUAUUCAUAUGACAAAGAGGAUGAUAUUGAUGAAGAUGAAGAUGAUGAUUUGGACCUGUGA